UGAGUUCUGCCUCUCCUCCUUAUCCUUAUUUGCUCCACUGCUCCGGUACCUCUUGCAUCUCUCAGAGAAAUGAACCUACUGAGCAUCACUGUGGUUCUGGGACUACUGGUGGGGGCAUGGGCUCAGGUCAAUGUGAGACGGCCUCUGUGUGACUCCCCUGAGGCAGAGGAGGCUGCUCUGGUGGCACAGGAUUACCUCAAUGGUCAGCACACUCACGGCUACAAGUAUGCACUGAAUAGGAUCGAGGAUAUUAAGAUCCUCUCCAAGCCUGAUGGAGAUGACACGUAUGUCCUGGAAAUCGACCUGCUGGAGACAGAGUGUCAUGUGUUGGACCCCACACCUGUUGCCAACUGCACAGUCAGACCCAAAGCAAAGACGGCAGUGGAAGGAGACUGUGACGUGGUGCUGAAGAAGGUUGGAGGAGCUCUGACUGUCACCGCAUUCAAGUGUAAAACAGAGGAAUCGAAAGAGGAUCUGUGCUUGGGCUGUUCAACCCUCCUUCCCCUAAAUGAUACUGCAGCGCUGGACUUUGUCCAUGCCUCUCUGGCAACCUUUAACAACAUUACUGUGAAUGAAUCUUACGCUGUUCUGGAGGUUGGAAGGGUGUCAUCACAGAUUGUGUCUGGUGGCCCAAGAUACUCAGCAGAAUUUAUCAUAGUUGAGGCUAAUUGCACUGAUGACAGCUGUGUGCCCCUGAAUGACCCCCUGGCUGAACGUGGUAUUUGCAUUGCUGAAGGAGUUCAAACUGCUCUCACAGUGGACUGCAAGAUGUUUGCUGUUCUGGCACCUGCUAUAGAUGCCAACAACACUGUAGCUGCUGCUCCUGCCUUGCCACCACUGGUCCAUGUACACGCAGGCAGCCUGUCACACAAGCACGGUCUAAGACACCAUAGGCUGACCUCUCACCACGACCCUCAUCUAAGUGGCCUCCUGUCGGCAGAAUCAGCCGAGUCAACUGAAACUGUACCUGUAGUAGUAGUGGUCGAUGCUGCUGCAACUGCUGUACCUGCUGCUGAUCCCGCUCCAGCUGCUGACCCUGCAUCAGCCUCAGAUGCCUCAACCAGCAGGGAGGUCCCUGUUUUUGUGUUUAAGAGAGAUGUAGCUGCUGCACCAGCCCCUCCAGCAGGUGACACCCCUGCGGCUCAAACAGAACCUGUUCUUCUUGUGCCAGUAUGCCCAGGAAGGAUCAGAUUCUUCGACUAAACAGGUCCCACAGACUCUCUAUAUUUGCUGCCUUUGGCUACACUAGUGCUAGCGUAAUUUUAAUUGACACAUGAAGAUGUGCUGGGGUAGACAGAUGUAAUACUAUUACAUUUCCUGCAAAGGAGGAAUAAUCCAUUGUUUGAAAUUGUCAGUGGAGCAUAAUGUAUUGUAAAACAGCUCUUGAAAUAUCUGUAAAAUGCAUUAUAAAGAUUUCAUGUUGCUGAAUAAAUCUCUCAAGUCCAAA